AUGUGGAGGCAAAUUCUGCUCCAAUUUAGGGUCGAGAGACAAAAUGCAAAUAAUUACCAAACUAAGGAAAACAUCGAGGAUGAACAUGAAGAGGACACAAAAGUGCCUCACUAUGUCAAGCCGCCUCCAGACCUCUCUGCUGCCCCGAAAGCUGCCAGACUCCUUUUUAGCCUGCUCUCUGGCUUCUCUCGCUUCUUCUCUCAUCUUCUUCAGCAACCCCCUCUUCAGGCUCACAGGCAUCGUCCUGACUUUCCCCCUCUGCUUCCUGCUUUGCCAGCUGCCGCCCUCACUCGCUGCUGCCCAGUUUCUGCAGGGCCACUUCUCUCCUGGGGGGAGGCAGCAACUCCAGGUCGUUUCAGAGUCUUGCUCUGGACAGCCCUGGCUCUGCCCAUCCGCAAAUCUUGGGAGAGUCAGUCAAGCCCUACAUGGAAAGACGCCCGUCUCGGGAAAGAGGAUGGGACUACUUGGCAAACCUCAUCCAUCCCUCCCAUGGGAUCAGAGCGGAUGGAGAUGCGUAAACGGCAGAUGGCAGUGCCCCAGGAGACAACAGACUGUACUCCAGGCCAGCACGAAGUGGGGAAUAGAGCAUCUAAUGCCUGUUGCUUCUGUUGGUGCUGUUGUUGUAGCUGCUCGUGUCUUACUGUUAGGAACCAAGAAGAUGAAAGAGCAAGGAGGGCUUCCUAUGAACUCAGAACAGAAGGACUUCCAACCUGUGAAGAAAGCCCUACACCUACUCUGGAAGAAGUGAAUGCCUGGGCUCAGUCAUUUGACAAGUUAAUGGUCACUCCAGCAGGAAGAAAUAUCUUCCGGGAGUUCCUCCGAACAGAAUUCAGUGAAGAAAAUAUGCUCUUUUGGAUGGCCUGUGAGGAACUGAAACAGGAGGCCAACAAAAGUGUCAUAGAAGAGAAGGCAAGGCUGAUAUAUGAAGAUUAUAUUUCCAUUCUUUCUCCUAAAGAGGUCAGCCUGGAUUCCCGAGUAAGAGAAGUUAUCAACAGGAACAUGCUAGAGCCAUCACAACAUACAUUUGAUGAUGCACAACUUCAAAUUUAUACCUUAAUGCACAGAGACUCAUAUCCCCGAUUUAUGAAUUCUGCUCUUUAUAAGGACUUACUUCAGUCCUUAUCAGAGAAAGCCAUUGAAGCAUAG